AUGGCUGAGGAGCUGAAGAAGGAGCAGGACACCAGUUCUCAUCUGGAGAGGAUGAAGAAGAACCUGGAGGUCACAGUCAAGGACCUGCAGCACCGUCUGGAUGAGGCUGAGAACCUCGCCAUGAAGGGUGGCAAGAAGCAGCUCCAGAAACUGGAGUCCAGGGUGCGUGAGCUGGAAACAGAAGUGGAGGCCGAGCAGAGACGUGGAGCUGAUGCUGUUAAAGGAGUCCGCAAGUAUGAGAGGAGAGUGAAGGAGCUCACCUACCAGGGUGAGGAGGACAAGAAGAUCGUGAGCAGGCUUCAGGAUCUCGUUGACAAGCUGCAGCUCAAAGUCAAGGCUUACAAGAGACAGUCUGAGGAGGCUGAGGAGCAGGCCAACACUCAUAUGUCCAGGUGCAGGAAGGUUCAGAACGAUAUGGAAGAGGCUCAGGAGCGCGCUGACAUUGCUGAGUCUCAGGUCAACAAGCUGAGAGUCAAGAGCCGUGAUGUUGGGAAGUCUGACAGUGCCAUAUAA